AUGGAAAUAAUCGCGAAAACUACAGAAAAUCCCAACACGAUCACUGAAAUAACAGUAAGAAGAAGAUCAAACGUUAAAAAUUCUCUGAGGGACUGGGAUCAGAAGAUUAACCAGAGGAAGAGGGAAAAGGGAGUGCAGUAUAAAGGCAAAAAGAAACAACCAGAAGGUUGGACAUAUGACCGACCGAGGCCCAGUAGGUUUUUAGCUGAUCCAUGUCACUGCAAGAGGGGAAAGAAGGGGGAAACAAAGUUUAAAUGUUGUACCAUUGGGGAAGAGCGACGGCGAAAGAUUUUUAAUACAUUUUGGAAUAAAAUGUCCUGGCCUGAGAAAAAAAUGUUUGUGAAAGGUUUCGUGAAGAUCGAUAAAGUUAAGAGAAGAUGA